AAAAUACUUGGAGCCAUCAAACAGCUGCUCUGCAGAUUCUAGAAUUCGAAGAGUUGGUGGACUGCCGAACGCGCCCUCAGUGUAUACAUAACCCGAGGUUUUUGUGGACCCGAAGUAAGAAACUGAGAACCGCGCGACCACCCCCCAAACUACUCCCGAAAUCCGAUCCCCUCGGUCCACUAGCUUCUCCCUUUCCGCCUCUCAAUCCGCGCGGCGACGAAGGGGAGGGAAUCCCCUAGGUUUUUAGCUGCGAGCGUCGCCGGCGGGCAGUCGGGGGCCGCGACGGCCAAGGGGAACGGGAGUGCGGACCGUCGCGGACCUCCGCAGAGGGGCAGCGUGUCAACAGCCGAAGCACCAGCAUUCCACCCGAGCGACCACGCACGCGAGGAAUAGGAGGGGAAGCUCUCGGUGGCGCGUGGCGGCGAACGUCUCCGUUAGAAGGUAGUCAACUGGGACAGCUUCGAGAUGCAUGUUCACAAGAGGGUGAAAGACCAUGUUAGCUCACCGGAUGUUGCCAAGCAGAUCCCCAUUGAGAGGUUGAGGUGACCAUCCGCGACCAGUGCGAAGGCAGCCAAAGGACAUGCAUCUGUUGGUGAUGGGAUCUGUUAGGAUGCCAACCAAAGUGCUCAACAUCACCACCAAGAAGUCCCCUUGUGUCGCAAGGUGACCUUGUGGUGGUGGUGCGCCGCCUUGCUUCCGGCGCUAACGAGAUGGUGGGGUUGUUGCCGUGGUUACCCGUGGUUAGUUACUCUUUUUCAGUACAACAUGGAAUUCAAAUGGGUUGUACUACUUGUGGUUAUUUUACUUGGACUACAAGUUCAGUCUGUUUGCUGUCCACAAGAGCCAACAUCUUCAUCAUGUAACAACUCCACAAUAGUGUCUAAAGACCCCUGUGUCAACACCACUACCGUUUGCUCCAAGAUAGAAUCCCUCAAAGACAAGCUUAUCCCUCGGUUCUCUUUCGUUAUCUCCUAUAAUAUUGUUUUGUCCAAUCUUGCGUAUCAAAGAUUUGAAGCCGGAUCCACAAUCUGAUUCACAGACAUUCUUUUGGUGGUUUUUAUUUAUUGGUUUUCUGGGUUACAUUCUCUGGCUUUUCUAUUUCUGGGAAUGCUACCAUCCAGAUCAUUCAGCAUUUCUGUGUUACUGACCUGCAUUUCUGGUCUCGUUAUCCACCUGGCCUUGUGUGUUAAGGUUCAGCGGAAAACCAAAGCUUCAGGGGAUCAGCGAGUAGUAGUGUGUAUGGUUCUAACAUUUGUGGUCCUUGUCCUUGGUGCCACUUUUCUCGGACAUAGACAAGCUCUUGGAUGGAUGGGAGUAGCACUGAGUGUACUCUCUCAUUCUUUUCGAAUUGGGUCCACGGAGUACUACAACAAGAUGAAUUGGUGCCUGUUUGUUGCAUCCGUGGUGGGAUCAGUAAAUGGAUUCUUGUGGCUUAUUCAUCCACAGUUAUGUAUUUCAAAAGAAUACAAGAAUUAUCGCUUCAUCUCCUUGAUGGUAACGGGUGACACCAACUUCGUGGCGUACUAAGAUGAACUUGUUGGUGAUUAAUGUUGUGAUUUCGGUCGAAACACGUUUAUCACCAAAUUUUGUUCCACUUGAUCAGUGUGCAAGAACAGAAAUGAUCAAGUGUAAUAUAUUAUUGAUCGGAUCUUACAUUGUUGGUUGCCUACGAGGACUUGAGUCCUUCUUAUGGUUACGUCGCUCAAUUGCUGAGAAGUUGUCCAAGGUAGAGGGAAAGAACAUUAAGCUUCCUGCUAGAACCGAGCCUCCUGCUGGACCUGAGCCUCCUGCUGGAGUUGAGCUACAACAUUUGCUUUGAGCGUGGACUGACUGACUGAAGGUCAGCAAAGGUUGGUGAAUCCGGUAGCCUGUUAAACACUGCUGAGGUCGUGGGCUGAAGCUCGAGAAUUGAAUGGAAACUACGGUGUUGAAAACUGCAAACACAUUUGCUGCUGUUGGAUACGAAAGAAUACCUAAACUAGAUGCACUUUCUUGUACGAUUCCUGAUAUGGUCUUGGUGGAGCGUCGUAUGUUUCAGCAACGUUGUGCUGUUUUGGUGCUACAAAACGAUGUUAUCGAAUUGCAAAAGGAUAUGGGGGUGUCAGGCCAACUAAAGACAUCUCUGAAGAAUUGCUCUGUUCUAGCAUGUCGGAAGCAGCAUGGACCGUCGAUCUGCCAUCCAGUGGCUCCCGAAAGAAGAUAACGGUUCGCUACUGGAAUGUCAUCUCCACCGUGGAUCUCCCAUCCAACGGCUGUCAUCGCUCCGAGGGUCGCUGUUGAUCAUCCGACAAUGCAUGUGCUCUGCUUUUGCUCUUUGCUUUGCUUUUCACCUGUAAUGGCUAUAAAGCCACCGCUCCUUCUCCAUUCUGGACGCGAUGAUUGUAACUGGGUAUAAACCCUAGCCGCCGGUGGCGUGCUUGCUACUUUCCCCUUUUGCUGCAAUACAAACCCUAGCGCAAAUUCUCUCAAAUUCACCUCUGAAUUCGCAUCGUUGAGUGUAUAGUUCGACCGAUUCUCUGUCAGGUUCCUGACAAUUGGUAUCAGAGGCCCAAUCGGUUCUCGGAGGCGUUGGAUCUGGCAAGUAGAGGUUGGCGAACAGGCCGGAAAAUCCCUCUUCUUGUUGUUGAUCUGGUGGAGGCCGGAGUGGCACAGUUCGGAGGCAGUCUGAAUUUCACUUCUGGUUGCUGGGGAGUCUUUCUCCUGCGGUAAAAUCCCAGAAUCUGAACUCGGACGGUGCUUCUUGGUGUUGGCGGCGGUAGAUACAAGAGCUCGCGGCAAGUCCCUCCCUUCCCUCCCUUCUCGAAGCCAUGUCCCACCCGGAAGGCUCCAUCGACACGGGCGUCUUGCAGCUCCAGUCGUUGGAACUAGAUAUCAAAACCCUGCAACGCUAUCGUGAGGAAGACAAGAAGGAAUUCCAGGACUUCCAAUUCAUGGUCAACAAGAACUUCGUCACCAUGCAGCAAAAUUUUGACAAAAUCCAGGAUAAUUUCAAGCAUUUGCUGUUGUUGCCAGAGCAGGGCGACGUUCCUGAUGAACAGUCGGCACAAGGGAGUGUACAGCAUAAACAGCCUCUGUUGCAGUCACCACCCAAUGCACCGGGCAGGCCCAAGCAACUACUGGCGAACACUCCUCCUUCAGUAGCUAUGCAAGAAAAAGAGGCUCAGGCCGUAAUUGGAACAGCAGUUUUGCGAGAUCCUGCUGGUAAAGAGCUCAACUUGGAUGGCACGCCCAAAAUUCCCUAUCGCCAUCCGAAUUUUGCAGUAAACAGAGCAGUGGCACCACAACAAGUUCCACCCCCACAGCAACAUCCCAUACAGUUAGAAGAUCACUCGCUGGAAGAGUGGCCAGAGGGAGGAGAUAGAGGCAGAAGGCCUGACUCUCCAUUUAACAACCGAAGAAAUGUUCUCACAGUUAAACCAGCCAAACUGAACAUCUCUGAAUUCAGUGGAACAGAUCCUGAGUCAUGGAUUCAGAACUUGGAGCAGUACUUUGCAGCUGCAAGGACUCCUUUGGAGCACAGGACCGAGCUGGCAGUAUCUUAUCUGCAAGGCCCGGCCAUACAAUGGUGGAGAGGAACUGGAUUUUCCCCACAAAAUGUGCCAUGGCACAGAUUUUGCACUUAUAUUGCAGAUAGGUUCUCAAUCGAUUCUGCUUGUGAUAUUGUUAACUCUUUCCAUGCAAUAUCCCAAACGUCAACAGUGGUUGUGUAUGUUGAGCAAUUUGAACAACUCGUGAACUGCAUGAGAAGAGAAAAUCCUGCUAUACCAAAUGACUAUUAUAUCACCAGUUUUCUGUCUGGACUGAAUCCUUACAUCAGAAGUCAUGUGGAGUGUUUUAAACCUCCUGAUAUGCAGACAGCUGUGUGGUAUGCUAGAAGAAUGGAAAAGGCUACUGCUACUGCUCAAUCCAAGCCCUACUACCCUCAGCCCAAAAGACAAGUGGUGUUUGAACCAGCAAAACCCCCCCUAGCUGCCACCACACAAAACAGAAACACAAUUAUACAGCAGGCCAAACAAAACCAAGUCUGCUAUAAAUGCAGAGAGCCAUGGGUUCCUGACCAUAGGCAGGUGUGCAAAAUGAGCCAGAAAGCUCAAGUACAGGCACUGCAGGCAACAGAAGAGGAAAAUGCAGAAAUUAUUUAUGUCACAGACUUUGAGGAUCCUGACUUAGAACAAAUGGUACCUCCUUCUGACAAUGUUGUGUUGCAAGUUUCUCUGCAUGCUGCCAUGGGCAUAGGGGCAAUGAAGAACACUUUUAUCUUAACUGUUAAUGUGGGAAAAACAGUAGCUACAGCCCUUGUGGACAGUGGGAGCACUUCCACAUUUGUAUCCCCUGAUAUGGCUGCAAAACUACCUGUUGCCCCAACCCCAAAUUCCAAGAUUAAAGUGCUAGUAGCAAGUGGAGGAGAGCUGUGGAGUGAGUUCACUUCCAGGAACUGCCCCUAUGAAAUACAGGGCACCAAACUGCAUGACACCUUCAGAGUUCUGAAACUGAAGGGGUAUGAUAUGAUCUUGGGAGUUGAUUGGCUAAAGAAAUAUAGCCCUGUUCUGAUGGACUUCAUUAAAAUGGAAAUGAGGAUUAAUGUUACACCUCAGACUCAAGUGACAUUUGUGGAUGAAACUGUACCCCUGUCCUCACCAAUGGAAGCCACUGAUAAUGCAGAAAAGUUAAUGGACCAGGCUGUUUGUGGAUUUUUUUCUCUUAUCUACCUGUCAUACUAUGACUUCUGCUACUGCUCAAGCAAUUCCAGAGGAACUCCAAGAGAUAAUUCAACAGUAUGACAACACCCCUACUGAACUACCUCCAAGCAGACC